UCGUGUUUUUUAGAUUUUAUAAAAAAAAAAGCAGAGCCACACCCUUUUCGAAAAUCAAAACACUGGCAAUGCAUGUGGCCCCUUAGAACUAAACCAAAAUUAAGUGUGAACAAACGCGAAAUGGCAAAUUUGAGACCUUUGAAGACUAGUAAUUGGCCCGGCAUCUUGGACUCGAGGCACGCGCUCAGGAAGUACUUUGCUCCGCCGGCCAAAAGGACUUCGGUGAUGACCGAGGCCCCGCCAAACUUCCUGGGAGCCGAAGCGAUGCAGCGACCCUGGAUGAACGCAGCCUGGCAGCUGGCCAGUGAUCCCUCCGAUCUCUCGAAAGUCCACUAUCCCAAGAAGAUCAAGGGCCUGAAGGAGCGCGAGCGGAAGAGGCUGGAGCGCAAAAUCUGGGCCAGGCCGGCGAAAAUUGAUGUAAGCCAGAGGGCUGCAAGAUUGGUAGCUAGAAACACGGAGAAGCCUGAAAGGCAAGAGAAGCUGGAGCCACCACCGAAGGUCAAAAUCGAGCGGAAGAGGGUGAAAGCGAAGGCCAGGGCGCCUACUCCGCUCCUCCGGAAGCGACCCACUCCAACGAUCCACCAACCCCAAUUUCGAGCCACGCGGCGCAAGAACAUCCUCAUCGUGGACGCCAAGAGGAUGCCAGGUGGCGGAGCGGAGCAGCCUCAGAUCAGCUCUCCAUUUGGUCGGGAAAGAAACGGACAGCGUCCGCGGCUCAAGAUGAGCGGACGGUCGAAGAAAACCUACCAUGUGCCGCUGUGCACUCGACCCACCGAGAUCAUGGGCGUGGGCCUGCCCUACUCCCGCCAGAUGCGGAUGCGCCAGGAGAAGCUCUGCCAGCAGCCGGAGUACCACGACCAGUACAUGCGCAUGCUGUUCCAGCAGCAGCGCCACCAGCAGAUGUGCCACCAGGAGCAGCUGCAGCAGGACUACGCCCGGCAAAAGGCCGAGGUGUCCCAGCAUCCCUACGCCUCCAUUCCGAAGGACGCCUCCAUGUUCGAGGAGCAGCAGCAGCCCCACUCCGUGUACUCCGUGCCAUCCAAGUCGCCGCUCAAGCGUCUGAGGGACGGGAAGCGACUGUGCGGCAACUUUUACUACGACUAGAUCAAUAAACAGGAUCCAGA